AUGCAGGAAUACCAUCUCGACGCCUCCAUUCUCGCGCACGCCGCCACGAAAACAGUCAUCAUCACCGGCGCAGCCAAUGGCAUCGGCGCCGCAACAGCCACAUUGUUCAACAAGCACAGUGCCAAUGUAGUCAUUGCUGACUUGGAGUCAUGUCGCGAGAAGGCCGAAUCGCUAAUCCAGUCUCUCGCUCAUCCCGACCGCGCAGUCUUCAUCCCAGCCGACAUUCUGAACUGGACCGACAUGACCACGCUAUUCAAUAAGGCUGCGCAGAAGUUCGGGCCCGUCCAUAUCGUAAUCGCUAAUGCAGGGACUAUGGAAUCUCGUCCGGCCCUAGAUCUGAACGAUGUCGACGACGAGGGAAAUCUGAAAGAAUCAACCGAGGCAUUCAAAGUGAUUGACAUCAACCUGAAAGGGACAUUGAACACCCUUCGCCUCGCAAUGCAUCACAUGAAAUCCAAUAAAACACCCGGCUCGGUCGUGCUAUUAGCCUCCACAUCUGGCUAUUUCGGUGGCACGGGAGUCGCAGCCUACGUGGCCUCCAAGCACGGCGUCAUCGGUCUCCUUCGGGCAUCUCAGCAGACGGCACAAAAGUACGGGAUCCGAGUCAAUGCCGUCGCGCCUUUCUUCACCCCGACGCAGAUCACGGCUGGGUUCGCGCAGAGGUGGAAAGAGGCUGGCUUGGAUGCGAACACGCCGGGGGCUGUGGCGGGGGCGAUUGCGAAUCUUGCCGUGGAUCAGGAAAGGAGAGGGGAGUGUAUACUUGUCGCAGGAAAAUAUCUCCGACAUCUAGAGUCCACCAGAACGCGACUUCUUCCCGACUGGUUGGGACAGGACGUAGCUGAGUUCAUGGGCCGGGCGAUGCAGUUCUUCGUGGAGAUCGGUGGGUAUGUUUUACCGCAAUGGCGCGGCUGA